AUACACAGUAAGCAGGGCUACACCGCAAAGGCAAUCAGUUUAUUAAAGAAAGCCAUUGAGUUGGACGAGGAGUUUGCAGAGCCUUAUUCAGCGUUGGCUUCACUUUAUGCCCAAAACGGUCGCAAUGAAGACGCAGAGAGACUUCAUUUACAGGCACUUCAGUUGGACUCAGAAAAUGCUGACUUCUGUAAUAAUUUCGGUGCCUUUUUGCAGCGGACAGGUCGUAGCGAUGAGGCUGUGAAGCAAUAUCUCAAAGCAAUUGAGAUACAGCCCAACCAUACGGUGGCUCUCGUGAACGCCGCCCGGACUCUCAAAACCAUGAAACACACGAAGAAAGCCGAGACUCUUUACAAGAGGUAUGUAUUGCAGAGACAGUCGGACUCACGAACGCAUAGACAUAGAGAUAUUGUGACGGACGACCGCAACAAUAGAGAGAGCGGUGGACCAAAAGUGCACACAAAACGACUCACCAGUCGAGUCGAUAUCGCCAUCCAAUUG